AGCUGCUGAACUUUCCAAUAUACCAGAGGAAAAUAUUAAAAAAAACGAAGAAGACGAAGGGAAAAAAUGGCUACCCGGCCAGGAGUAGGUAAUGCAGCAGAGCUAUCAUCGUCUUUGUGGAGUCCUCUAGGGUUUCCUCAGAAGAACACUCCAUCUCCAUUCAUCUCCGGACAACGCAUUUUGCCUGGCCCGCGAGGAAGGAGCUUCUCUGUACGACACCGUUUGUGCGCUCGCAGUUCCUAUCAUCCCCCCUCCGCCUCCGCCUCCGCCAAGAUUAAGGUCCUCGGUGUGGGCGGCGGCGGCAACAAUGCCGUUAAUCGCAUGAUCAAUAGCGGCUUGCAGGGUGUUGAUUUUUAUGCCAUUAACACUGAUGCUCAAGCGCUACUGCUUUCAGCUGCAGAGAACCCAAUUCAAAUUGGAGAGCUUCUGACUCGUGGUUUAGGCACAGGUAGUAAUCCUCUUUUGGGGGAACAAGCAGCAGAGGAAUCAAAGGAAACCAUUGCAAAUGCACUGAAGAGUUCAGACAUGGUGUUUGUAACAGCAGGAAUGGGUGGGGGUACAGGCUCCGGCGCUGCUCCAGUUGUUGCACAAAUAUCAAAAGAAGCUGGUUAUCUUACUGUCGGGGUGGUUACCUAUCCUUUCAGCUUUGAAGGUCGCAACAGAGCAUUACAGGCUAUGGAAGCUAUCGAGAGGCUUAAAAGAAACGUUGAUACUCUUAUAGUGAUCCCUAAUGAUCGUUUGUUGGACAUUGCCGAUGAGCAGACUUCCCUUCAGGAUGCUUUUUGUCUUGCCGACGAUGUACUACGCCAAGGUGUCCAAGGAAUUUCUGAUUUAAUCACAAUACCCGGGCUUGUAAAUGUUGAUUUUGCAGAUGUGAAGGCAGUAAUGAAAGAUUCAGGAACAGCGAUGCUUGGAGUGGGAGUCUCGUCUAGCAAGAACCGUGCUGAAGAGGCUGCAGAACAGGCAACUCAUUCUCCUUUGAUUGGGUCCUCUAUCCAAUCUGCCACUGGAGUAGUUUAUAACAUCACCGGAGGAAAAGAUAUUACGUUGCAAGAAGUGAAUAGGGUCUCUCAGGUUGUGACCAGUCUUGCUGAUCCUUCUGCUAACAUUAUUUUUGGAGCUGUUGUGGAUGAGCGCUACACAGGGAAAAUCCACGUGACUAUAAUAGCCACGGGGUUCCCACAGUCAUUCCAGAAGGCUCUUCUGUCCGAUCCCCGGGGGGCUGCAAAGGACAGAGAGCUUAGCUUCUUCAACCACAGCCCCUUCUACUGUCAGGUGGCCUCCUCGCGGAAAUCGCCUCUUUUGACCUCUUUUUUUCUUUCUGAAGAUUUUUCUUCCCCUUUAUACAUUCUCUGCCCAAGGCAUAUUCAUAUGUCAUCCAUCGGAGAAUAUAUCUCCGUGGAAAUAUCCAAUAAGGGUCUGGAUUUUGCCAAGAAUCUAUUGGUUGAAACUGCGGAAUCUUCUCUGGUUCCACUUGAGCUGCCUGAGAUCAAGAAAUCUGUGAGCAUCCCAGUCGUGGGGAAAGUUGAUAUGCUUCUUUCUGAUAUUGUUAUAGACAGGAUUGAUGUGAAUUCGUCCACUGUCAGAACUGGGAAUUCUUGCAUUAUUAUGGCUGUUUCUGGUGCCACUGGUAAUAUGACUAUGAAGUGGAAGUAUUCCUAUGACACUUGGUUGCUUCCUGUUACUGUCACUGAUGAAGGAGAUGCCUCUGUUCAGGUUGAAGGUAUGGAAAUCGCUCUUACUCUCAGUCUGCAAAAUAAAAAUGGAUCUCUUUCACUCUCUCUUCUGGAAUGUGGAUGCUUUGUGGAAGAUAUUUCUGUGACCUUGGAUGGUGGAGCUUCCUGGCUAUAUCAAGGGGUUCUAGAUGCCUUUGAAGGUAAACUAAUCUCUACCGUUGAAGAUGCAAUCACAAAGAAAAUAGGAGAUGGUGUUUUGAAGCUUGAUUCGGUUCUGCGGUCUCUUCCCAAGGAACUUCAGGUCACCAAAAUUGCUUCUAUGAAUGCCACUUUCGUUGGGGAUCCGGUGAUUAGCAAUUCUUCUGUUGCACUUGCAAUCAAUGGUUUAUUUGGUGAUUCAGAUAAAAGUAUGUACCGUGGGCAGCAGUCACCUUCCAUUGCCUGCAAGGAUUCAAAUGAAAUGGUUACAAUGUUCUUGCACGAAAAUGUCAUCAAGUCGGUGUUGUCUGUAUAUUUCAAGGCCGAUAAGAUGCAGUGGGUUGUGGAUCAAGUACCUGACCAGUCCCUACUAAACACUGCUGAGUGGAGGUUCGUUGUCCCCAAGCUGUACAAACAAUACCCUAAUGAUGACAUGAGCCUGAAUAUUACCGUAACCUCAACGCCGAGUGUCAAGAUUGAAGAACGGAAGAUGUACGCGACUAUUCCUGCUGAUCUCAUCAUAAAUGUCAAACAUCAGGGCGAAGUCGUACCUGUUGCGUGCAUUUCAGUGGAAAUCAAUGGAUGGGUUUUUGCCGCGGUGUCAAAUGGCAGUGUGGCAGGCAGUGUCAAGUUAGAUAACAUUGCCAUGGCUUUGAAAUGGAGCAACAUUGGCAAUCUCCACUUGUUUCUUGUUCAGAGAGUAGCAUCCACACUGCUGAAGACUGUGGUGCUACCACUAGUGAACCUGCGGCUGGAGAUGGGAUAUCAUCUGCCAUUUUUCCAUGGCUAUGAGCUCCGGGGCGCUCAAAUCUUCUUCUCCGAUUCCUGGAUCACAAUAUGCAGCGAUGUGGCCCCCAUCAAAAACAUUAACCUCCCCACCGGCUGGGCAUUUUUUACUGCAGCAGCAGCAGCAGCACAAGGACACAUUGUGAUGUAGAAAUUCACGGUGCAUUCAACCGUGAAACUGUAAAGUAAAAUUGCUCUAUUAGGUUUGGUGUGUGUCUUCUUCUUUGGGUAAAUUUUCUUCACUUGUAGCAGCAGCAUCAUCAUCAUAUGGGUAAAUUUUGUUCAUUUUCGUCAAGUUUUUUUUUUGUAUAUGUGCUCCACGCAUCUUAUUCUGUGUAAUUUGGGUUCAGAAGCAGUAUAAAAUUUAGAGUUUGUA